GCUUUGGUGUUGAAAUGACAAGUAGUGCACUCUAGUAUAUGGCAAUCUUGUAGAGAGUAAGCAAUGGAUUCCCAGCUACUUGGGACAUGGGAGGUUGUUUCAUGCACUCCUCGCCAGACUGGACUGGUGGAAAACACUGGUGUUGAUGGGACCCGCUUUUGCCUGGAUGAGAGUGGUGAUGUUACGUGGACAGUUCCGGAUGACGCUGAGGCUAUACCUCUGUUUAACUGUGAAACAUAUGAAGUUUACAAUUCACCUCCCAUGGGCGUUGUGAUAAGAUUCGGAGCGUAUGCGGGUCACGUCAUUGAGUUUCGGGUAGACCAUCCUGAUGGUCAGGAUACAAUGGUGCUGACUUGUGAUGCUUGGUGCAUGCUGCGGUGCAAACGUGUGGUGGAAUCUGACCCUGACCCACCUGGAGAUGCUCCAUUCUCACUGUUACCAGCUCUUGAGGAUGGCUAUUUUUCUGAUGUCUCCAUCACUGCCAGUAAUGGUCGCAUCUUUGCGGCACAUUCGUGUGUGCUCAAUUUGUCUGCUCCUGGGGUGGAUUGGGGGCGUCAAUUGGCUGGUCUUCCAGAGGAUGUAUUGGGCACUGUGUUACACUACCUGUAUUCAGAGUGCCUCCCAGCGAAUCUGGCAGAGGGCACUGCACGCCAGUGUGCUGUCGCCACCCACGCUCUGCCAGGCCUGCAACCUCUCGCUCGUCUCUGCGAACUCUACCUCAAGAACAUGGCACUCAAGCAGCAAAUAAUUGGCCUAGUUUCCGACAUGCAUGCCAGUGCCAGUCAAAUCAUCGAACAUUUCAGCGCCAAAUCCUCCACAGGCGAGCAUUCUGCAGAUAGCCUUAAUUCUAAUCCGGCCAAAUUAUGUUUUGUUGUGAAGCAAUCUGUGAGAGAAGCUGCCGUAGCUGGUGCAAAAUUGUUGUUGCUUUGUGAUCUUUUCACAAAGCGCAAGGCUGAACUCUCACGUGAGGAACGGCAUGAAAUCAUCCGCUAUGCGAAGUCGCGGUUACCGGUUUUCAUGAGCCAGCUGCAACGUUUCCUGCAAGGUGUAAAAUCAACUUUCAGCAGUAUGUCACCCAGCCAGCGACAGGAAGUCGCUACUUAUCUUGUGCCUGAGAUUGAAACUAUUUUGGAUACUGUUUCUACACUAGUAGUACAAGUGAAAUCAGCUCUGGAACAUAUUAUAACUGUUCUUUCUCCAUCAGAAAACCCAAAAAGUCAGAAGGAAAAAGUUGGUGAAGUACUCACUAAAUCUUUGAAAAAUGUUUUGUACAGAAGAGAACUUAGCAAACUGAGAAAUUUUCAUCAGAGAAUAACUUUCAGUUUAGUUCAUCUUCUACAAAAGAAGGAGAGUUUCAAUGAAAUGACUAGUGCCAACAAAGUACGAUCUGUGGCUCGCAACCUGGAGCAGUUAAUAGAGGAACUGCCUAUAUUUCUUAUGAGGCUGGAAGAAGUAACAGCUGCCCUUGAUGAUAGAUUGGAAUGGCAUGAAUUCAAAUUUUGCUUUAAAGUUGGGACUUCCAAAGUGUCGGGGAUCCUGCAGCAGUUACUGACUCAUCGUGAGACUUUGCAAGAAGUUAUGGUUCAGCUAUGUGACUUAGUGCAAAGGGAAGCAUUCACGAGAUCACUCUUUGCCCUUGAGCUCCUUGAUCCAGCUCAUUAUUCAGCAGAUCAUCAUAGUCAUCCAAGUGGGCAUUUUCACUCUACUCCCAAACAGCAUGGGUACAAGCUAAAUCUUGUGGAGUCAUUGUGUAUACCACCACUUUCUCGAAACAGUAGACUGUCUAAGGCUGCCGUCCAGUUACUGAGAUCGGGUCAGGACACUGACAUGGUCUUUGAAGUUGUCUCCUCUCCAGAUGCUCCAGAUUGUGUGAUAGAUCACACAGCUAGUCAGACAAAGCAGACUGCAGCUGAGGAGGGUAAUGAAACUUCAAGACAUGGUGGCAAGGAGAGGAGCAGGUCUGAAGAAGCACAACAAUCACCUUCCAGUGAACCACAGCUACAGUUAUCCCAGCCACAGCCGCAGCCACAGCCCGAACCUCAACAGUUAGAAGAACAGCCUGAGGAAGCGGCCAGUGUGAGGGCACACAGAGUUAUAGUUGCUGCUCGAUGUGACUGGUUUCGUCGGGCUCUCUUGUCUGGGAUGAGAGAAGCAAUUGAUAGGAAAAUAGUGGUUCAUGAUACAAAUCCAUUCCUUUUCUCAACGUUCCUUCACUACCUGUACAGUGGACAGUUGCGUACCCGAGAGCUGACUGCUGAUCAGUUAGCUGACCUUAUGCUUCUCAGUGAUCGAUAUGAGGUUGACUCAUUGAAACAAGCAUGCGAACAGGGGUUAAGAAGACACAUUGAUGAAGAUUCAGUGCUUUAUUUCCUGAGUAUGAGUGACCAAAUUAAUGCAAAAACUCUUCGGAGUGCCUGUUUAAACUUCAUCUCCUUGAAUCCUGACAUUAUGGAUAGUGAAUUAUUUGAAGAGCUGCCUCAAAACCUGCAAGCUGAGAUCUAUGAUCUAGUCAUAUGGGCUAAACCCAGGAAAUCACAAACAACUGAGAAGUUACUGCUUUUCCCACAUUGUCCUAGUCCUGAGACACCAACAUCUGUAUCAUCCAGUCUGGCUGAUAUAGAAGAAAUGGCUUCCAACAUUCAUAUUAACAGUCGUGAGGUAGAAGCAUCUGAUAGCAGUUCACUGGAGGAUCUUCCACUAACACAAGACUCUGCCCGUUUAGAAAGCUGCAUUGUGCAGCUGAGGGACAUAGUUGGUGAACAGGCAUCGCGUGAAGAACUUGUUCAGUUGGCGCUUGCUGCCGAUUAUGACAUCAACCGGGCUGCAAACUUCUACUAUUCAUCCUGAAGGUGGCAUCGAGGUCGCCCCUCCAUGAGGCGCACCUAAGGCAGUACUUAGCAGUUGCUAUUGUCACUGUGAAUUUUUCUAGGUUGUUGCCGUGAAGAAUGCUUCGUGCAGAACAGAACCUGCCUGCCAUCUUGGCUGUGAACUGGAGUGGAGCAAUCGAAAUCAGACGUCACGUUCCACAACAGUGGCUCUCAAAAUGCACUUCAAAGCCUUACCAGUUGUGACAUUUCCCUUAAAGUAUCUUCUUUGAAUGGCGAUGUCGUGCUUCGAAAGAAUGGGUUUCUUGUGAUUCUGCUGUAUUGUUACUGAAAUGAGAUGGAAUGGAAACAGUGUUAAAGUAUCUGCUUUCAUGAAUACAAGCAGGCUUGAAGUUUGCAUAUUUUCCUGGUUAAGUUGGAGAUGCUGGUUGCCAUGAAAUGGUUUUUUAGCAGUUCAGUGGGCUGUUGGUAUCCAGAAAAUGAGGGCUUGCUCUGGGUGCCAGUGACAGGGUUUUUGCCAUUCAUUGUGACAUACUACGGAGUUCUCAUUUUGUUAAGAGGAAUUAUUUCUUAAGAACUGCAGUUUUUGUCUGGCUAGUCUCAAGCAUUUCUGAUAUGGAAGUGCACAGUAUUUUUAAAUUUUAUCAAGGUAUAAUAUUCUAAGCACUAUUUUUGCCAUAAUUCUUUAAGACUUUUGUCUGUCAUAAUAUAAAAUUUUGUGACUUUUUAGAAACUGUGCAAGAUUGUUCAGUGCAUGGUUAUGAUAAAUGGUCAUUAAGUUUAUUUACAUUUUAUGCAAUGAAAAUAUUUUAUUUAGUGACAUCACCUCAUUUUAUUUUAUAAAAGUAUUUUUAGAGGCAGAACUGUUUUAACACGUAACCAUAUUGUAAAUAUUUUCAUUGUGUACUGAACCCAGAAACCAUCUCAGACACACUAAUCAAUGCGACAAUCUGUCCAUUACUGAAAUGUGAGAUGUAAAAUUGUAUAAGUAAAUUGUUAUGUUAUGUAGAUGUCCUACAUAUUUCAGUCAUUGCUUUUGAGAAAAUUCAGGAAAUUUUGCCAGUUUUGCAGAUUUGAGUGCCUUACUACAAUAGAAAUGCUUUAAAAUCCUUUGAAUAUACUUAAUUUAACUCCAGCGCCAAUUUUCACUCAGUGUGUUAAUAUUCAUGUAUCUGGAAAACACUUUAAAUGUUUCUGGAAAUGAAAUUUUUCACAUGUAAGCUAUGUUCUUUAGCGCAGAAAAGUUACUUGUAUUGCACCGUUAGCUCUGAGUAAAUUUCAUCAUCGCCUACCAAAAAAGUCUUCUUGUUCCUUACUGCUUUUUAAAAAUUUUUGUAGAGCAUUUUAUAUUGUUGACUGUAUCUUGUUGAAAUUCAUAAGCAGAUUAAUAACAGUGCUGAGCAUAGUUCUAAUAAUACUAGGGCAUAAUGUCACUGGGAAAUAUUAUACACUUCAUAGCAAAUAGAGAGAGAGAAAAAAAUAAUAUAAAAGUUGUAUUGCCUUUCAUCUGUUUUUUUUUUUUUCAAAGUGUCUCUAGACACAAAGAAGAAUUUUCUGAUGUUACCUCAUUGUGGAGUUUUAUUCCCCCAUGGUCUGGAGAAUUUGUUGCGUUGACAUCUUUAUUCUAUAGAGUUCAGUUAUGAGAAAAACCCACUGCAUUUUUUGAUGGUGGACAUCAUACCAGUACUCUGGUACUCUGUGCAAUGUAACUAGUCAUUUCCGGCAUUGAAGGUAUUGUGUAAAGUACGUGCCACUAAUAUGCACCCGAUUAAUUGCUUUGAUAGAGUUGUUGAAAGUUUUGUUGAUAUUGAUAAAUCUCUCAUUUUUUUUAUUUACUUGCAUGUUCUUGACACAAUCACUAUGGUAUGGCUUGCUAUGGUUUCAAUUAGUUGAUGCUUUCUUUAGUUUAUCAUCAGUAUUGCCCCUUCCCUCUCUCCCUCCUCCCUCCUCCCUCCUCCUGUGUCACACACACACACACACACACACACACACACACAAUGAUAAAGGUUCUUGUUUCAACAGCUGUUAGUGAUUUCAUAAGACUGUUAAACGUGUGUCUGGGAUGGUUAGAUGUGGUAAUUGCAGUAUUCUCUUUGGUAAAUGUCAUUAUGUAAUCAUUGUGGAGAACUAUGAAAUUAAUAAUAGAAAGUACAGCUAUUUUCUUCACUUAACCUUUAUUAAUUUCACUUUAGAACUACAAACUAUGAUGAACUGCAUAAGCAUGAUAAUUUUAUUAUCACCUUUAAAAAGUCUUCAUGUCAGAAAGCAAUGGCCAUGUAAUAACUAUUUUUACUAACAGUAUUUGUGUCAUAUCUUCACAUUUAUUUGUAGCAGCCCACAUUCUUUAAUACAGUCAAUAUUGUUUUUACUUUUGUAGAUUUGUACAUAGGAAAGUAAAGAAAUUUUUUCACAGUUUCUAAUUGAUAUAGACGUAAGUGAUAGACUGUAAGGUUACAAUCAUGAAUACUUCAAUGCCAAAUGUAAUGUGAAUUAUGUUAUGUAUUAUAUGUUUUACUGAAAUUGUUAAGUUCAUAGGUGAAAUUGGCACAAAACAGUUGACAGUGUGGAACACAUAGCUAUUUAAUCUAUUCACUGUCCCAAAAAAAGGUAAGUUACCUUUCCUUUUAGAAUUUGUGCACGGCGUAUUUGUCGUAUUUGUCAUCUUUCCUUAUCCACUUCUCAUCCAUUGUUGUCCCUUGUCAACUUCCAUUCCAUUUGCCUUUAAUCUAUACCUUUCUUAUAUUUCCUCCCCCCCUCCCCCCACUCCUCUCUCUCUCUCUCUCUCUCUCUCUCUCUCUCUCUCUCUCUCUCUCUGCCCAAUUUCACAUAUGCAACCGUAUUUCAGUAUUUUUUCAGAAUGCAGUUUUGUAACAAUACAAUAAUUGUAUUCCUUCCAAUAUGCUUGAAACUCGUGUGUGUGUGUGUGUGUGUGUGUGUGUGUGUGUGUGUGUGUGUGUGU